UGACGUAGAGGAAGGAGACGCCAUUAGGCAGGGUGCGAGUGCGAGAGGCUAGGUUACAGAGAGGGUGGAGGAAGUCAAUCAGGUUCAGUGUGAAAGACCGUCGUUUUUUUUCUUCUACCGAGGGGAACAGUGUCCCCAUUUUUACCCUCUAUCAAUAUACCCCUAACUGUCUCUAAUGUGACUGGACCGAGGCGCUUACAUUGGACUCGUUUGGUUACAUACUGAAGGAUUUCUUCACCAUGGCGGCUGGCGGAGCAGGAGGCAAUAAUAAAACAUAUUCUUUCAAGGUGGUUUUGUUAGGAGAGGGUUGUGUUGGCAAGACGUCACUCGUAUUACGAUAUUGUGAAAAUAAAUUCAACGACAAACACAUCACCACUCUCCAGGCGUCCUUUCUCACAAAGAAGCUCAACAUCACAGGGAAGAGAGUCAAUCUCGCAAUCUGGGACACAGCUGGUCAGGAGAGGUUUCACGCGCUAGGACCCAUCUACUAUAGAGACUCCAAUGGGGCCAUAUUAGUAUAUGACAUCACAGACGAGGACUCUUUCCAGAAGGUGAAGAACUGGGUCAAAGAAUUAAGGAAAAUGUUGGGGAAUGAAAUUUGUUUAUGUAUAGUCGGUAACAAAACAGACCUGGAAAAAGAGAGGCACGUGUCCUUGGAAGAAGCAGAAGGGUAUGCAGAGUCAGUUGGAGCCAAACACUAUCAUACAUCAGCCAAGUUAAAUAAAGGCAUUGAAGAACUCUUUCUCGACCUUUGUAAAAGAAUGAUGGACACGGCCCAAGCAGAGGAGCGGGCCAAGGGGAACGGCGCGAGCCAGUCGGGGAACGCGCGGAGAGGCGUCCAGAUUGUCGACGACGAGCCACAGGCAGCCACGCCUGCGGGAGGUUGCUGCUCGUCCGGCUAACGCCAAGUGCCCCAUACCACCCCUCCCAUCUUGCCCCCUACCCCCUACCCCCUACCCCCCUUUCCCUUUAAAAAAAAAAAAAAAAAACAGCCCCAGGACUGAUUUACUCCCCUCCCCCCCAUCCCAGUUGCCCCUUACCAUGAAGACUGCAGCUGGCGCUGAGGCCCGGCCUCACCCAGCACCCAAGAAACACACCUGGAGAAAACCCCCCAAGCUUCAGCAUCUUCAGCCCCAUACACACACAAACACACACACACACACACACACCACCACUACACCAAACACAGUACGCUACAGACUGUAUAAGUGACAAACACACACACACAAGGAAGAAGAAAGAGAAGAGAAAGCAAGUGAAACAGUUAUCAGGAAAAGAGAGAACGGAUGAGUGAAUGAGAUGAGAUGAGCGUGAGAGAGCGAAAGAGGAUGUAUGCCACUUUUGUGAAAGAGCAGGCGGAGUAAAAUUGGUGCACUCCUAACAGAAAGACCUUUGUCAUUCUUUACAAACACACACGCACACAAUUACAUCCAUAUAUCUACAUACAGUUCAUAUGCGCAGAAACACUGUUC